AUGGCGAAAUUGGUUGAUAUAUAUAACAGCGAAAAAGAACCUGUGAUAAAAAGACGGCAAUUACCGUUAACUAUCUAUGAAAAUCUUACAAUGAUCAUGGAUUUGAACACAAUGGGUCUAAUAUGUGAUAAUCCACAGAUAAAAGGUCGGGAAUACGAAGACUUCAUGCGCAAAUAUAGGAUUCUAACGACUGAUGAAUUGAAGGCAGCGCUGAGAGUAGAUGCUUCUGAUAUAUUUAAUGUUUUAAAUCAAAGCAUUCCUUGUGUAGGCUGUAGAAGAAGCGUGGAACGUCUUUUUUAUCAGUUAUGUAAAUCAGGACAUCCCACACUGGAUCCAUUGGUGCUCACACCGGACGAAAUUAUGACAAUUAGACAAGACAAAGCCACACAACCACAAUCACUAGCCACAUUACUAAAUGGUCACAGUACAGGUAUAGAAUGUCUAAUACUUAGUCAGCCACGAUGGAAAAAAUCACAGCGAUGUACUUUGCAUUCGCUAGAGGCAGGCACAGCUCGCGGCUGGGGCGCGGCAGCGGGCGGGGCGGGGACAGGAGGCACGGGGCCGGGGGCUGCGUGUGGCUGGGGAUGGGCCGCGUGGGGCUGGGGCGGCCGGGCUGCCUGGCGCGCUGCGUGGGAUGCUAUGCGUGCCUCCGCCCGCGACCACGUCACCCUCGUGCACUUCAACACACUACAUGACACACUCCACAACUACCUUAGGAAACAUCGUUUUUGUGCCGAUUGUAAAACUAAGGUCUUAAGGGCAUAUCAACUGUUAGUGGAAGAGAAGGAGCCACAAAAAGAGAAAGGAUAUGUUGGAGCUUUGUAUGGUGGUAUCAAAAGAUGUCUCUUAGACAAGCACUUACAUUUGCAAGCCAAAACUGAUUACAUAGCACAUCUUAUAGCUAGAGCAGAGCCAGAGUUACUUGGUAAUCAUAGAGAGAGACACGCCAAAACACUUGAAAUUGCACAAGAAGAGGUACUCAUUUGUCUAGGCAUAUGUAUUUAUGAGCGACUACAGCGCAUCUCUUUAAGGCUACGCGAAGAAGAAGGAACAUGUCAAACCCUUGCAGCAGUGGCUGUAGAGGCUCUCUAUCGCAAAUUCGAAACUGCCGUUGAACAUAAGACCGGAGUAUCGAAGCUGCAACUUCUGUAUGAUGAAAUCACUCAAGAAGAGUUAACAAGGCAACAGAGAAAAGAACAGAAGAAGUUAAAACGACGCAAGAAGAAGGAGCGGCAGGCUGUCGAAAGCAAAUGUAAAGAAGCAGAUUCAGAAGAACCAGACGAGAAGUGCCAAUGUGAAGAAUGUUUAUUGGAAGAAAGAGACACACCGACUGACCUACUGUCCCCGCGCGACUACAUCAAUCAACAGUGUUUCGAGGCGAGCGGGGACGGGUGUCAAUCUUGUCAAGACGACUCUACGAAACGCCGCUCACCUAAAAAGACAGCAAAAAAACGGGCCAAAAAUGGCAACCUUUCGCCUAAUGAACAUUCACACGAUUGUGGAUAUUCAUCUGGGAAUAAUGGAGGUUGCUGUGAAACUAUGUCCGGUUCUUCUUCUCUUAUGAGUUCACCCGAAGGUUCAGAGGUGGCCUGUUCCGAGGGAUUCUGUAAUCAUGAGAGAGGCGACUGUUUAGAUUUGGCUAAGAAUGAUAAGACUUUAUGCUCCGGUUUUACAUUAUCUUUACAAGAAAUGUUAAUGGACACAUGUUCGUCAGAUGAAGAACAGGAUACCAGUUAUAUUCCUAUAGAAGAAGUAAUGGAAUUUAAAUCACGAAGAAACAUUACGGAAAAAAGACAGGAGUUACGACAGAACCUUCGCCAAAAAUUCGCCCAGUUGUGCGUGAACACGCCGCAGAUACAUACCUCACAGCAGAAAGAAGACAAUCAGCCAGCUUAA